UUAUAUUUAUGCGAAUUAUUAAUACAAAAAUGAAUUUAAUUCAAUGGUCCACAUGCAUAAAUAGUGUUAUUAUUAUAAAUAAAUAACAGUAAAAUAUGAUUUUCGUAGUUAGUCUGCGUUUAUAUUUUUGGAUCUAAAGGAAUAAUCGUGACACUCAAUUCAGACCUGAAAGUAUAAUCCAAUCAACGCACAGUGUUUUUUCUAAAGUGCUUCUUUGCCCGAACACGACAUAUAUAUAUAUAUAUAUAUAUAUAUAUAUAUAUAUAAAUAUACUUUCUUCAUAUGCUGAUACGCAUAUCAUUCGCAGUUCAUGCAUCAUUCAUAUGCAUAUAAUGUAUGUACAUAUGUUUUUCUGUAUGUAAAACAGAGUGCUCAUCUUUGACUGCAGUACAAUCAAAGGUGCUUAUCUUUUGAAUAAUUUUUAUACAUAUUUGUAUAAAGACCUGUGUGACGGAUCUCUCAUUACACGUCGUGAUGUUCACACGAUUUGUAACUCAUGGUUUGAAAAUACGCUCCUGUACAAAGUUGGCGAAGGCGUACAGUAAAUCCAUACAGCAUGAAGUUAAGGAAAUAGAAAUCCCAGUACCUUGGGGCAAGGUGGCCGGCAAGUUAUGGGGAUCGCAAGAUAAACAACCUAUCCUGGCGAUGCACGGCUGGCAGGACAAUGCCGCAUCGUUUGACAACAUAGCGCCUCUUAUUGUAAAAAAUACACCGGUUUUAGCGAUCGAUUUACCUGGACACGGCCUAUCUUCGUGGCUACCACCAGGAUUCAUGUAUUCAGAAUUGGUAUACCUUUUGCUAGUCAAAAGAAUUAGAAAGUACUUCGGAUGGGAAAGACUGAAAGUAAUGGCGCAUUCCUUGAGCGCUAUGACGGCGUACUGGUACGCCGCGAUGUUCCCAAAGGAGAUGGAGUACGUUAUAGCUUUGGACUUUUUCAAAUUCCCGACUGUGAAUACGAGCGGGCAUGCCUUUAUGUUUGCGAAUGCGAUCGAUGCGUUUUUCAAAGUGGAAGAAAGUAACAAUAAUGUUCAGUCUAGCUACAGCGAAAGCGAGAUCAUACAGAGGGCAACUGCUUUCGUGUAUCUGGACGAGUCGGCAUUUAGAACACUUAUGACUAGAGGCACCACGCGAAAGGAGGACGGAACGUAUGUUAUCAAUAGGGAUCCUCGAGUGCGGGUUAUACCCGUCCAUAGUAUGUUUUCACAGGAACAACUGGAAGAGUACGCAAAACUUGUAACAUGCCGUUAUUUAAUAAUCAGAGGAGACAACGAGGAAGAAUUUUAUGGCGAGGAAAAAGAACUUUAUUACAGUGCGUUAAACGUACUGAAAGCUGCUAACGAUAAAGUGCAAUUUGAGGCGAUACCAGCAUCACAUCAUCUUCAUCUCACGCAUGCGAAAGAUACGGCAGCGAUUAUUAAUCCCUUCUUAGAAAAGUAUGAUUGAUUACAUUAUUCUGAAUAUACAUAUUUGGUAUAUCGUACUGAAAUGUUUGUAUAUUAAGAAAACUAUAGAAACAAAUUAGCAAAAUGUAUUAUUUUAAUGUAAUCCCAUAGUAUGGCAUACAUUAUAUAUAUAUAUAUGACAAUUAAUAUACAACGUAACAGAACGUAAAACUCCAUAUUUUUCAGGGCUUCUAGGAUUUUAUAAAUUGUUAUAAUAAAUCUGUUUUUGCCAUGAUUAA